CGCAACAAACAUCUCCAAUAAUAAAUCACCACGGUCAGCGCUGGCUGUUAUCAACAUUCCUGAAAAUAUGUAACCUGCUCUCCGACCAUCAAAAAGGUCAUUCUUACCCGCGUUGCUCCCUGUCACUGGCCGCUUCUUGUCUACGACAUCUUAUAUUGCAUACUAAUAUGAAACCACUUCCAUAACAUCCUACAUUUCCACCGUCCUAUACUCAUCGAUUGGCGUCUCUCCUUUUACAAGAUGUUCGUCUCUCCGGGACUCCUUGCGGUCUUUCUGGCCUUCCUAUCGGUCGUAAAAGGCUGGCAACCCUCUCCAAUAUCUCACGACACUCCACUUUCAUCUUUGAUCGCAUCUGCAAAAACGCAUCUUGCCGGUGGCUCGCCCAGGGACGCUCUGCAGUACUUCGAUGCGGCCAUCUCAAGAGACCCUGCGAACUACCUGGUCCUCUUCCAGAGAGGCGCUGCUUACCUUUCAUUAGGCAAGAACUCUCAGGCUUUAGCCGACUUCGAUCGCGUUCUGCAAUUGAAGCCAGGUUUUGAGAGCGCCCUUCUGCAGCGAUCUCGUCUCAGGGCUAAGUCUGCCGAUUGGGCAGGAGCUUUAGAGGAUCUCGGCGAGGCUGGUAAGGGUUCGUCUCCAGAAUUCAACGAGCUUCAGGAAGCGCACGACUCUGCGCUGCUUGCUCAAGAGGCAGAAAAGCUUGGUUCCUGGGAUGUCUGCGUUAGCCACGCGAACGUAGCCCUCAGCAAAGCAAGCAUGUCUCUGAGCCUUCGACAAACCCGAGCUCAUUGUCGGUUUGAGCGGGGGGAGAUAGAGGAGGGUCUUAGCGACCUCGCACAUGUCUCCCAAAUAUCUCCCGGCUCCUUAGAACCCCAUUUGCAGAUUUCAUCGAUGCUAUUCUACUCCCUUGGUGACUAUGAUCGCGGCAUUUUUCAGAUUCGCAAAUGCCUGCAUUCAGACCCCGACUCGAAAAUCUGCAAUCGUCUCUACCGCAGAGAAAAGAAGCUUCUUAAAAGAAUUCAGACGAUGGAAAGCGCUGCAACUUCUAGAAAAUUCAACAAUGUUGUCAAUCUGCUGGUCGGAGUCGGUGACGAUAGUGGUUUAAUAGUCGAUGUACAGAACGAUGUAAGGCAGGCAAGGGAAGCUGGAUAUAUCCACCCAGCCGCUCCCAAUCGGCUCUAUGCCUCGCUGGUUGAGAAAACCUGCGAGGCCUACCAGGAGAUACAGAUCCGUAAACUAGCGGCCUCCUAUUGUUCUCAGGCGCUAGAUCUGAACCCAUCGUCCUUGGCAGGUCUUCUGUAUAAAGGCCAAGUGGCCAUCGAUGAGGAUCGCUUUGAAGAUGCAAUAAGCGUGCUGAAUGACGCCAAGGAGCAUCAUCCCAAUUCUAAGAAAAUCCAGGACCUGUUACAGAAAGCUCACGUUCUUCAAAAGCGCUCUAGACAAAAGGACUACUAUAAGGUUCUGGGUGUCACACGUGAUGCUGAUGAGCGUACCAUCAAACGUGCAUAUCGGCAGCUAACAAAACAACAUCAUCCCGACAAGGUCAUAUCUCGUGGAGUAUCCAAGGAGGAGGCUGAGAAGAAGAUGGCUGCCAUCAAUGAGGCCUACGAAGUCUUAUCAGAUCCUGAACUAAGAGGACGCUAUGACAACGGCGACGAUCCCAAUGAUCCCGAGUCCCAGAGGGGUAAUCCAUUUCAGUCCGGGCCGUUUGGUAGCGGUCAACAAUUCUUUUUUCAACAAGGGGGCCCCCAAUUCAAAUUCUCCGGGCAGGGUUUCAAUUUUCCCGGCGGUGGCUUCCCUUUUCGUUGACAACGGAAGGUUGUAUUUGAUGUCGAUGGACCUACUCGUCUCGCUAUCUUCCAUCACUGUCUCUCGUUACGUAGCUGUUUUUCCCUUGUAUCAUAUAUAUCGCCGCCUUGUGAUCCGGAGAUAGUUUUUCCUUUGAAAAUUCCAGGCAUACAUUCAAGGUAAUUUUCAU